AUGAUCUGUGCCCAGAGCGUGGUGCUGAGCUCGCUCCUGUUCCAGCUGGCAGGGGGCAGCUGCCCACCGGGUUGCCUGUGUGCCUCAGACAUCCUCACCUGUGUGUCCCAAGGCCUGGAACAACUGCCCUCGCAGAUGCCUGUGACCACCGCAGUCCUGGACCUCAGCCACAACCGACUGACCCAGCUGGAGGAUGGUGGUCUCGCGGGACUGCUUCGUCUGAAUGCCUUGCGUCUGGCUCACAAUCGUCUAGCCAGGCUCCUAAAUGGAGCGUUCCGCGGUGUCGGCCGUGGCUUGCGACAUCUGGAUCUGUCCUCCAAUGAGUUGCACGUGAUAGAGCACCACUAUUUCCAAGACCUGGGCGUGCUGGAGGAAUUGCUGCUCUUCAACAACCGCAUUGUGCGCAUCGAGAGCAGGGCCCUGAUUGGGCUCAGCCACUUGCGCAAGGUUUACCUGAGUCACAACCGGCUCACAGACUUUCCUUUCUUCUCCAUCAAGGGUCACAGCCAUCCCUUCCUGAGAACGCUGGACUUGUCCUCCAACCGUCUGCCCCGGCUUCCACUAGAGGACAUUACGGUGCUGCCCGUGUCAGUGCAAAGCGGCCUUUUCUUGCAUAACAACACUCUGAUCUGUGACUGUGACUUGUACACUGUGCUGCGACGCUGGGAGAAGCAAGGCUUUGGUUCGGUCAGGGACUACCGAGAGCAGCACACCUGCCUGGUGUACGGUGAGCACCGGGUCUCUGUGCACUUCCUUCACAACAGUCGCUUCUUUGAGAACUGCACCCUGCCAGGCUCGAGUCUCACGUGGGAGCCAGGAGCAAACCUGUUGGCAUCUGCAGGUGAUCCUGUCCUGCUGGACUGUCUGACCUCCAUAGAUGGAAAGAGCUUGUCUUACCUGUGGGUCUCACCCAGCCAGGAGUACAUCGCUCCUCCGGGCAACAACCAGACGCUGCGCCUGUUCCCCAACGGCAGCUUGUUGAUCCAGGCUGCACAGACCGAGGACUCAGGCAUCUACAUGUGCAUGGCAGUAGACCGGAUGCAGCUGUACAACAGAACUUGGGAGGUCAACGUGACAGUGGUGUCACGACGGAGCCCCGCAGACUCCUUCAACACGGGCUUCACUACCCUGCUGGGCUGUGUGGUCAGCUUGGUGUUGGUGCUCAUGUACCUCUACCUGACGCCUUGCCGCUGCUGGUGUCGCACACGCCCCCCAUUGCCCCCUGCCCCCAGCCCUAUCAGUGAGCAGAUCACACAACCCAACCUUCACAAGUCACCACCAUCUGGCACCGAGGGUCCAGGCCGCAAGCCUGGCACCAAUAAACAUGUGGUCUUUCUGGAGCCUCUGAGGGAGGUACAGAACGGACGACUCCGGGCCUCACUGAUGCCAGAGCCCAAAUCCAUCAGUUCCUUCUUCGUGGGCAGAACCGUGACACCAUAG